CAUCGCGCGAGCCUGCGUGCUACAAUACACCAUGAAAAGUAUGAAGACCGCUCGCUCGCUCAAGUGCCUUCGCGGUCGUUCCUACCACCGCGCGUUAACUGCUCUUCUGGCAGCCCACUGUACAGGCGUUGACGUCCUGGGGAAUCUUCGCCGCUCAUUUCAGAUCUGGGAUCCAUGGAUCCCAUUAAAUGACGGACGAAGAUGUCAGAUAGAAAGAUGUGUUUUGCACUUCUUCCCCGCAUGGAAAGCCGGCAGCGACUCGGGAAGAUGCGGACGGAAAUUGGACUCCAUCAGAGAAUGUGUGGCUUCGAACGCUGCAAGAUGGUGGAACAACCUGACCAACAGCCCAACGUCGCCCAUCCGUAAUGCGGAAAUAGUACAUAUGAAGUGGCAGAGCGCGGGCCCCGGUCAGCAUCUCCCACAAAUGAUGAUAUGCGGCAGCAUGGCGGGGGGACUAGGGGGGAGUCCCCGCGUCCUUAAGGCCGCCGAACCUUAGGGCAGCCUGGCGACAGCCCCAGGUCAGGCUGCUAGACUUCUCACUUCAGUGCGGCGGCGGAGACUCAACGUUUUCCAGGCUGUGACAAGAUGAGCUCCUACCGGUACAUUACAGCGCAUGGAUGGGGGUUGGCUCAGGUCUCGAACGAGCCGGAACGGCCUUCCGCCGGCUCGUGGUUGGCUGGCACAGAGUCAGGAUGACUCAUGCGCGACCAAUCAGCGGC